CCAAUCCUAGGCGAUCCACCAAUCGCGUGGCGGGAUGGCAGCUUCCCACCAUCCCGCCUCCGGGAGCUGCGAAGGCGGAGGCGGCGCCUUGCUCCCUGACGUCACCCGCCCUAUUUGCAUAGCCUCCCCUCCCCUUUCGGAGCGCUGGUGACGUCAGCCCGGGUUCUGCAGGCAGGUGCCGUCGCCUCGCGCCGCUUGUGCUGCUGCUGCUGCAUUUGCUGCUAGACCCGAAGCGCGUUCCCGAGAUGGCCUCCGCCACCGACGCCCGCUAUGGCCAGAAAGAGUCCUCCGACCAGAACUUUGACUACAUGUUCAAGAUCCUCAUCAUCGGCAACAGCAGCGUCGGCAAGACCUCCUUCCUCUUCCGCUACGCCGACGACUCCUUCACGCCCGCCUUCGUCAGCACCGUCGGCAUUGACUUCAAAGUCAAGACCAUCUACCGCAACGACAAGCGGAUCAAGCUGCAGAUCUGGGACACGGCCGGGCAAGAGCGAUACCGGACCAUCACCACCGCCUACUACCGGGGAGCCAUGGGCUUCAUCCUGAUGUACGAUAUCACCAACGAGGAGUCCUUCAACGCUGUCCAGGACUGGUCGACCCAGAUCAAGACCUACUCAUGGGACAACGCCCAGGUCCUGCUGGUGGGGAACAAGUGCGACAUGGAGGACGAGCGGGUCGUCUCGUCGGAGCGGGGCCGCCAGCUGGCCGAGCACCUGGGGUUCGAGUUCUUUGAGGCCAGCGCCAAAGACAACAUCAACGUCAAGCAGACCUUUGAGCGCCUGGUGGACAUUAUCUGCGAAAAGAUGUCCGAGUCGCUGGACACGGCCGACCCCGCCGUCACUGGGGCCAAGCAGGGUCCGCAGCUGACCGACCAGCAAGCCCCCCCGCACCAGGACUGUGCCUGUUGAAGAGACUCCCAGGCGGAGCCCCCCGAACAUCCCCCCACCUGCCGCACCUUCCUCCUUGCCUGCCUCAUCUCUCCCCCCCCCCCCCCGCCACCUCCCGGGUAACUAUGGAGUCCUGGCCUAGCCAUCUCCCCACCCCCAUUGACCCAUCCCAUUGCUUUAUCCUUUGUGGGGUUGUUGGUUUUUGGGGUGGGGGUGGGGGGACGAGACCCCAAACCUAGGAGGGGUGUCAAAGCUUAAAAACAAACCACCUCCCCUCGCUCUCCUUUAAGGGACGGGUGAGAAUUCAGCCCCCUGCCUGUCUUCUCUUUGUGGAUCGUCUUUUCUUUGUGGGGCGGGCUGGGGAGGCGGGUGGUCAGCGUCGAGAGGAAGCUAUUUCCACUGUUCUGGGAUCUUCUUUAUGUUAUUUAUUUAUUUAUUUAUUGGACCACACGCCUCUCGAUUUGUAGCUGUUCUUGGUUUUGCAAAUCUGGGUGUCCACCGCUGUUCCUCUUUCUUCCUCCUCCUCCUCCACCUUCCUUUGCUGGUUCUUUUGUCCAUGCCUUCUGUGUGUCUCCCCCCCCAAAAAAACACCCCCCCGUCUUGUUGAAGAGAGCAGAGCAGGCACCCCGUGCUUGGACCUGCCGUUGCCGCGAGGGUUUGACUCCUCGGUUAGAGCGGCUGCUUCCCGUGCCGAAGGAAGUUCUCUCUGUUCCGGUCCCUGGAAUCUGCUCCAGGUAAGGCUGGGGGAAAGAAACCUCGGAGAGCUGCUGCCAGCCAGUGGGCGCAGCGCUAAGCUAAAUGGACCAGCGGCCUCAUUCCUCACAAGGCAUAUUCGUUGAAAUCAACCGCAAAGACGGGUGUCUGAAUUUUGUUUUUUAGCAAUUGGGCCGUUGCUCAGCAGUAGAGCGCCUGCCCUCCGGUCCCCAGUCCCCAGUGGUAUCUCUAGGUGGAGCUGGAAACAACCCCCCCCCCCGCGCCUGGAGGGCCACUGCCGGUCAGUGUAGACAAUAUACCGAGCGAGACAGACCCAACGGUCUGACUCUUGUGAAGCCGAAUUGCUUUGGUCCCUGUGUUUGAAUUCUGCAGCUGCCGCCCUCCCUGUUUGGCCCUUCUCUCCAAAGCAAGAUUGGUCCCGCAACGCCGCUAGCGGGGAGGCCCACACCUGCUUCUGUGCCUGCCCCUCCGGCCGUGCAGUUGUGGGGUCCUUCCUCCCCCAAAUUGGUCCUCUCCGUCUCUCUUCCUCCUGGAGUGGCGGCGUGUGGCUGUUGUGGCGUCUUCAGGGCAGGACAUCUGCGGCCCUCCAGCUCCUGACCUGCUAGCCAGUGUGGCCGGUGGUCAGCGAGGGAGUUGGGAACCCCAGCAAAUCUGGAGGGCUGCAGAUCUCCCUUUUGAAGCCUCGUUCGGCAGCGUAGAAAAUGAUGCCUGGCUCUGUAUGCUUUCAGAUCUAGGAAACGGCUCCAUUUGCAGUUGUAAAUUGCCUGGCCUACGAUUUGUCCAGACACAAUCUCCCAGCUUUCCAGACUCUCUUUGGCCUCGCUGGCUGGCUAGCCAGGGAGGGCAAAGACCCUCCUUGCCAGUCCGGCGUCGCCAAAAUGCCGCCAGGAGAGCUUUCCUCGAUUCCCACCGCUGCCCUGCAGAGGAUGGCUUGUGGCUCUCUCUCUUUCUUUCUCUCUCCCUUCUUUUCCCCUGCGAAAACCCCUUUCCGGUCCUCCUCCCGUCUUCCUUGGUGUACAGGAAAAAAGGAAAUGCAAUCCCCAAGGCCCGUUCCCUGUAAAUAGAAGUAGACUCUGAAGUGUGUGUGUGUGUGUGUGUGUUUGGAGGUCCUCUUGCCGUGCCGUGCUUUGUGCUGCUGGUGGUUUUAUUUAUGUUUCAUGUGCGUGUGAGCGUGCGUUUGGGGUUUUUUUUUAUUUAUUUAAAGAAAAUGUUAACAUACACGGUUUUUCAGUUGCUUGUAGGUUAUUCUCUUUUUUAAAAGUAACAACAACACCGUAUUUAAUAAGAUGAACGAGAAUAAGGCGGGCCGAGGAAGGAAGGUUGGCAACAGAAGCAGCCGCUAAACUCCUCCUCGGAUUAAUCCCCGUUUAAAGCAGUAUCGCACCACUUUAAAGAGUGACAGCUGCCCGCACUCCCCCCAAAGAAACAUGGGAAUAGUAGUUUCUUCCCUUUGCAGAGCUACAGUUCCCAAAUCGGUUUAACAAUCAACUCUUCUUCCCAGGGAACUGUAGGGCAGCAUUUAAAGCACUACAAAACCCCUCCCCAAAGAUCCCUGGGAACUGGAGACCCCCAUCCCCUCACGGAGCUACAAUUCCCAGAGUGGGUUCACCAUCACAGGCAACUCCAUCCUUUCCAUUUGGCCAAUGAGGGCCAGUAUCUUAGUUUCUUCCGGGAGGGAAAGGUCCCGGGUUCAGUUUCUGUGAUCUGCACAGUGCUGGAAACCCUGGACCGCUGCUGCCAGUCAGUGUUGACAGUCCUGAGCAACAUGGGAUUCUGUAUAACGCAGCUUCCUCUUUGCCCUGACAUAUACCCUCUGGGAGCAUGUUUGGGUCCUUGAUGGCGUAGACCACAUAGGGCUGCGUUCCCCAAACUUGGGUCUCUGGAUGUUUUCAAAUUACACAGGUCCACUUUUGUGGAACCACCUUCCCCAGUCAAGUCCACCAGUCUGAUCCAGUCCUGUUGAUCUUCCAGACCCAGUUGUGUCGACGCAACUGAUUUGCAAUUGGGAAUUUGUUAGCUUUGGCUUUCUGUAGUCAGAUUCCGGCCCCGUCUGCACUGAAUAGUCAAGGCAGCACCGUUGCACUUUAAGCAGCCAUAGGCUCCCCUAAAGGAUUAUGGGAAGCGUUGUUUGUCAAGGACGCUGAGCUGGAAAUAGGAGACACAGAUUUCCACCCCAGAGCCAAUUCCAGAGCCAGCCCCUCUUCCCAGAAAACGGGGGGAACGGAAGGCUCUGCGAAGGGAAUCGGGGUCCCCUACCAACUCUCUGCAUACUGAAGAAGCUAGACUUUCAACGCUCCCCGACCCACUGGUCCUGCUAGCCAGGGAGGAUGGGAGUUGUAGUCCUGAAAAACACACACAGGGCCCAAGUUUUGGGAAAUGCUGACGGGGUAAAAGGUUGCAAGAGGAGAAUCCCAAGCGCUAAAACAGAGAUCAUAAUGCAGGCGAUAAAACCCGCCUGGAAAUCCUAAGGGGAAUUGAGGGAGGCGGGGGGUCUCUUAAGAGCUCCCAGCUUUUUGGGGUGGAAGGGGGAGCCGUGACUGCAGUAUCCUCUCCGCGUAGAGUUCGGAUCCAGCCUCUGUAACCCGAAAUGAACUGCUGUGGCUGGCGUAGGGCGGCCUGUUUCAAUGGGCCUACUCUGGAGCAGGACUCGCUUGGGCACCGCCUCUUGCCUUCCCUUCCAACACGGGGAGGGGGAACUUGUUGCCCCCUUGGGUGCUGCUGGGGCUCCAGAUCCCAUCAGCAGCCAGCUGUUGGGA